AUUAUUUGACUGUUUUCAUUGGUUCCUUGCAAUUUUGUUUUGACGUUUUACUUCCGGGAAGUGCACGAGGUGUUGCUGCGCGUGAUACAGCUGUCAACAAAUUAUAAAGGUCGUAAUGGCUGACAGCGCCGACGUUACACCUGCCGUGAGCAGCCAGCCUUCUGGAAAAGAGGAGAAGGAUGGAGGAGAAGGUGAAGGAGGCUCGGACAAGGAUGCAGAAGGUGGUUUGACUGAUGUCCAGAGGGAAGUGUUGGAGAAAUGUAUUCAUACUCUCAGGCAGGCUCAGAAUGACAGUCACACAUUGGCUGCCCUUCUGUUGAUAACUCGCUUGUGCCCUGCAAGCAAGCUAGACAAACCCACCUUGAGGCGCGUCUUCGAGGCAGUUGGCGUGAACCUUCCAGCCCGGCUUUUGGUGACUGCGGUCAGAGGGAGUGACAACUCUUGCUUACCUCCGCAAGAGCUUCUUUCACUGGGCACAGCUCUGUUGGCUGCCCUCAGCACAGACCCUGACAUGGCCUCCCAACCACAGCUCCUCACCACCAUCCCACUCCUGCUGGGCAUUUUAGCAAAUGGUCUUGAGAACCAACAGGAACAGAAAGCUCAGGAACACAACCAAGAUGGAGACAAGAAGCUAGGCCCAGAUUGUAAAGUCCAUUCAGCAGAGAGUUCAAACAUGGAUAGUAGUCCUAGCAAUGUGGCAAAAUCAACAGGAGAGAGCAAGCAAAAGUGUGAUGAUGGAAGCGAAGCAAGUAAAGUAUUAACAUCUCAAGAAACCUCUCCCUCCUCCAAGCUCGAUGAGGCCGUGGCUACUGACUGCUACCAGGUCCUCACAGCUGUGUCUGCCUUACCCAGAGGUACGGACCAGCUGCUAACCAGGGGUGUCAUUCCUGCUCUGUGUCACGCAGUGGAACAAAACCAGACUUUCAGCCAUGAGAGGGGGCUUGCCUUGCUUGGUUGCCUCCUCUCAGGUAAAGCCAAAGACAAAGUGUGGAGUAAACACCCUGCAGAACUCCUCACUCUGCUUGUUGGGCUCUCCAAAGACUUCUGCCAAGCCACAGGCCAAACCAAGCUGGACAUGUGUACCCAGUUAGCGCAGUUUCUCCCCCCAGUGGGAGUAGCAGUAGAGAGUGAGGAGUUGAAGGGAGUUGUGGGUCGUGUAUGGGGGGCAUUGAGACCCAUGUUGCAGGCUAAGUUGACACCGAGACAGAUCGGGCAGAUCCUGGUCCUUGGUGCUUGUCUGCUGGAUUUACACGGGUGGGAGCUGGUGGGACCGCCAAAGUUCUGCUGCUUACUGGUGAACCGGGCCUGUGUGGAGGUCAGAAUGGGUUUGGAGGAACCGCCUGGUAGCGUACUGAGCCCAGAGCUGCAGCACACACUCACAGGCUGUUAUCGAAUCAUGGAGGCUGCCAUAGAGCAGGCCUGCUGUCAGGGAGUGUCGCAGACCGCUGUGCCACCUCAGAGCUCCAUCCCGUCACUCAGUCUACAGCAGAGCAGGCAGGUCCUCGGGGUGUUGGAAGAGGCCUUCUCUGCUAUAAUGUACUACCUGCAGCAGGUGGAGCCAAGUCGCUACAGUGACCCGUUUGUUUUUGCCACUUUCCGCUCUCUGUGUUCGUGGCUGGCUGAGGAGACAUCCUGUCUGAAGGAGGAAUUGACCGCACUGUUGCCGUUUUUGAUUGGCUACUCCCGGAGCCACCUGAAGGGUGACAGCCCAGAGCAGGGCCUCUCUGACUGGAUGACCGAGAUGUCCGUCAGAGAGGGGAAGGAGGCGUGGACGGGCAAAGAAGCUCUGAGGUAUCUUCUCCCAGCUCUGUGCCACCUGUCAGCAGAGGAAGGUCCCAGGAAGGUGCUGCUCACUCUCGACACCCCGGCCCUACUGGUGGAGUAUUUGUCGCAGUGCUGGGCUUCCAUCAAGGGGAAAAGUGGGUUGGCUUCCACCAGGGAUCCCAGCAUGGAGACAGCCUGCUCAGCUCUUCUCAACUUCACUGUCACAGAGCCAGAGAGAGUCAGGAAGGACCCAUGCUUCAGAGCGCUGGAGGCCCUUCUGAAUGCAGCACUUCCAGUUCUGGUGCAUAAACCCCACCUGCUGGUGCUAACAGCAAACUACUGCACAUUGGGACUGAUGAUUGGCAGACUCAAAUCAGCUCCCUCAGGCUCAGUUGAAGCUAGCCAGAGGCGGUUCUUCUCUGCAGCUCUGGGGUUCCUCUGUAGCGCCCUGGACUCCGGCUCCAACCCUGGUCUGGUGAAGGUGAGCCUCAGCUGGGAGGAGAGUUGGGACGAGGUGGCUGAGCUCUGGAAGUUGGGUCUGCAGGCUCUGGGAGGCUGCGUCCGCGCUCAGCCCUGGAUCACUACACUGGUCAGAGAGGAAGGUUGGCUCAAACACACACUCACCAUGCUGAGUCAGUGUAGCGCACUACCUGACCAGCACACACAGGAGGCGCUAGAGGAAGCUCUGUGCGCCAUGGCACACCAGUGCUCAGUCUGUAAAGCGGAGAUUGGGGACAUGAUGAGGAAUGGUAAAGGAGCUUUGAUGUGUAUGACGAACCUGAAGAAGUCAGUGGGAGUAGAGUGACACCAAACUGCAGCUGACAUACAACGGGCUCUUUUAAAGGAGUAUUUUUAAAUUGCAUAGUUGGCAAUGAAGGAAUAAAGGAAGGCUGUUACUGGAGCCAAACUUGAGUGUUUAUUACCUGCACCAAUCUGGCAUGAAUAAUGUUUUACCUGUUGCCCCUGACUUUAAUGUAAAGAAGAGAUGAAAGGCCUCAGAUUGUGCUGGUAGGGCUGGGUAUCUGUACUCUGAACCACGUAGAAUAGAAACUUCAGUCAAGCCCAGAUCUAGAAAAAAGGACUAUUUGUAUGGUUUUGCUUGCAGCCAGUCACCGCAAUGCAUCCUGUGAUUGGCCCACUAGUUCAUCGUGCCAAGAUGCAACCAAAACUAUAAAAAGAUGAAGGUAUUUUAUACAACUGAAUGCUUCCAGUCACACUCUAAUGGUACCAGUAUCACUUUGAGGGUACUGGUAUUGGUGCUAGUAUUGUAAUUUAUAAACGACACCCAGCCCUAACUGCUGGUCUUGUGAUCUUUGCAAGUGAGCUUGAAUUACAAAGAAGACACUCAAAAUUAUGAACAUAUUUUUAGUGUAAUGCAAAUGUUCAGACGGCUGUGCUCUGACGAUAGUUUCUUACAUGUCUGUUGUGAAAUAUUAAUGUCUUUAAUAAAGAGCUAUUUUGUUAAACAAUUAAAAAACA